AAAGAAAUUGGGCCAAUCAUCUGCUACAGUCUUUUUUUACAUCGACGUCGCCCUAACGAAGACAGCAGUUGACGAUGCAAGCCUCGGAUGCUCCUGCCGCUGGCCCGGACGCCGUCCUUCGCAUGCAGUUCGACAAUGCAAUCACCAAGUUUGUCGUGGCCCAAUCCGACCAGCUCCGAAUACUCCACAAACUCCAGGACGAAGUCUGUGCACAGCUCUCAACCGUGACUAAAACACCUUCUUCUCCCCCGAAGUCAGGCCUCAACGCCAUGAUCGACGAGCUCUUUGCACGUCCUGAAGUGCAUCGAGGCCUGAUCGAGUGGGUGGGAGAGGAGGAGGCCUGCACAAGAGCUAAAACGUUAGUUGCAGAGCUCCAAGUAGACAUCAAAACUGGAGAAGGCAACGACGCCCGUACGACGCUGAACAAACUGCUGCCUCUGUAUAUGGAGGCGCUAAAUGUCCGAGCAUUGGGCGUACACGCGAUCCCAGGGGCCUCACCGGGAGGAAAGAAUGGAGACAAGAAGCUUUUUCUAGGACGCCUCGUGGUGGAAUGUAUGCAGCCAUUUCUGGAGCAAAUCCGGAUGAUGUAUUCGGAUAUUGUGUAUGAUGAAGAAUCGUAUUCAUCUGGCAAAGGUGAGGACUUCAAGGAGACGACUAAGCGCCUCAAGGCUGCGCUGUUUGUGUUCUUAAAUACUGGGAAUUACGCCUCGCACAACCGUGGAAAACUGAGUUUUUGUCAACAAAUCGAGCUUUGCGGGGCAGUGGGUGCUAUGGCUGAGACGCUGCCAGUAGUUUUUCAAGCUUGCCAAGCUGUCCAGCUAGCGCGCACGUUGGAAGCUAGUGGAAAGAAAAGCCCAAAAAAGCGAGAAACAGUCGCCGAUGCAACUAGCCCGAGCACUAGCCCGAGGAAAGAACCAUCAGCCCCGCCCCAUGCAAAUGACGAGCUACCAGUGGAGAUUAAAAUUGGAGAAGAAAGCGGAAUAUUUGUCACUUCCAGUGAACAGUUAUCCCAAGGUUCAGACAUUACGAAUUUGCCUGAAGAAGUUGAAUCGCGCGGUGGAGAAUACUCUCCUGUGGCAGCAAAGCAGCCGAUUAACUUAGCUACUUACUACAGAGAGUACUUGAUCGACAGUUCACGGGCAAAAUAUGAGGACACUCUGAUGCACAUGGAAAAGGUACCUAAAGCUCGAGUUUGUGUAAACGGAAUUUCGUGCAGUAAUGCUGAUUGCGGGGAGUCGCACAGUACGCUCGAGGCACUGGCUUUUAAUCCGCUUAUUGCGACGCUCAAGUGUCCGGUUCCUAAAACUUUGUGGCAUGACUCUGCGCACAAGAACAAAUGCUGUCUAUUCAAUCACGGCGACUUUAAAGGCGCUGGGACCUUCCGAUGGUGUAAAAAGAUUUUGUGCUGGAGUCUUGCUGGUUGUAAGAAUCCUGAGUGUCUCCGAUCGCAUUCUUUGGCAGAAGUUUGUUGGUUUAACCCGAACUUCAGGACCGACGAAUGCGUUCAAGGAAACGAUUGCCAAUGGAAACGCAAUUGUAGUGCGUUCCAUAAAGAAUUCCACAAGAAAAAGAGAAUUCCAGGAACCAAGGAAUACAUUGGGGUUGCAGAACGAAUUCUAUUUCCCGAGCGCACCUUUGAGGCAUUGAGAAAGGUACCGUUACCAUCACCGUCGAAGGCGAAAGCAAAUAAAUCCCCGACUGCAUGUGCGCAACGAAACCAAUUGGCGACUAGACCCUCUGAUUUGAUCAAAUAUCACAAGAAGCGUGUGAGUCAGAUGCAGAUUUCGAGCUUGGACCAAGAGAAAUACACUCGUGUGCUAAGUCAAAUGCAGAUGGUGCCGACAGCGCGAAUGUGUAUGAAUGGAGAACACUACAAGCAAGACGACAGCACGAAUCUGUGCGCCUCGUCACACAGUGUCAUUGAGGCGUUAUCUUUUAAUCCUUUGGCGAUAGUGCUGACAUGCCCCACUCCAGUGGAUUGUCGCGACGAUUUCAUUCACGAAAAGGGCCUUUGUAUAUUCCACCACGGAGAUAAACCCGUUCCUAAAGACUUUCUCAAGACGAAAAAUUUGCUCUGCGAGUUAAUGGAGAACUGUGAGGAUGAAACUUGUACGAAGUCGCACUCGAUCGCAGAAAUCUGCUGGUUUUUCCCCAUAUUUCGAGUGAACAAAUGCCCUCAAGGAGAUUCGUGCAAGCGAAAGGAAAAAUGUUCGCUGUAUCACAGCGAGUAUCACGAAAAAAGAGACCCGAUCAUGAACAACACGGUUGGAAAAACUGAAUCAGCACUCUUUAUCUCGCGAACAUUUUCAGUACUGGCCUCCAAGACAACAUGUUUACAGAGCCGUGAAGACGUUGAAGGUGUACCAAGUUGCGAGUUAAGUGAAGUCACCCAGCAGGUAUCUCUAACGGACGUUGGAGGUACUGAUGAGUCCUUUCUGCGUUUAAAGCAACAAGGUCACAGCUAUAUGCUCCGUUACGACGAAGCAUUAAACAAAUGCUCCGAUGUUGAUCGGGUCAAGUACGAACAAGUACUAGAACACAUGAAGGUGGUCUCCAAGGCACGAUUGUGCACUAAGUGUGAGAAUCACGUUGGUGUUGAAACAUGUACCGAGUCUCACUCUCGCUUGGAAGCCCUGGAAUCUAAUCCCCUUGCAAUGAUACUCAAAUGCCCGAUUUCUUCUGACACUCAAUGUCAGUCGCGGUGCGUCUUUGACCACGACAAGGGGUCUAUUCCUAAAGGGUUUCUCAAGGAUAAAAAGCUUCUUUGCGAGGACUUCGAUGCUUGCGGUAACGCUAACUGCGUUAAGUCGCAUUCUUUUGCUGAGGUUUGCUGGUUUAACCCGCAAUUCCGCGUUGCUGAUUGUCCUAAAGGAAGCGAAUGCCCCAACAAGCAGACCUGUGUUGGUUCCCAUUCAGGAUAUUGUGGACGAAGGACUGCAAGGAUGAAUUCUCAAGUAGGAACAACCGAGAGAACCCUGUUUGUUGGGCGCGUGUAUGGGGCACUGAUUAAGCGCAGGACCCAGGCUUUAAGUGACACCCACCCCAAUGUGGCUGCGGAACCGACUAGCAGCAUCAACCCGGAAACAUUUCAAGAAGAUGAUAUAGUAGAAAUGGAGAACGCUUCUGAGGCUGAAAAUGAGGACGGUGACGAGCCGAACUGCAAACUGUCGUAAGCUUGUACAGCCGAGUUCAACCGCUUGUGGUUUAUAACGAUAUCGAGCAGAUAGCUCGGUAAGUAAACGCGACGAAUUGAACUUCCAAGUGGACAUUUGCAAAAGUGGAGGAUAUGAUUAUUCUGUGAUAAGUCCACAGUGCUUUUUCGAAGUAUCUCUCACUAUGAAAUUCAAUUACAAAGGCAAAAAAUAUAAAAUUGAAGCAAUGUUUGAAGA